GCUAAUAACCUUCCAAAAGCUAUUGCAGCAGCUCACACGUUUCUUCUGAAGCAUCCAGAUGAUGAAAUGAUGCAAAGAAAUAUGGCCUACUAUAAGACCAUACCUGAUGCUGAGGAGCAUAUUAAAGACUUGGAGACAAAACCUUAUGAGAAUCUCUUUGUCAGGGCUGUGAGAGCAUACAACGGUGACAACUGGAGAACAUCCAUCUCGGACAUGGAACUGGCCCUUCCUGACUUCUUCAAAGCCUAUGAUGACUGUACAGCAGCCUGUGAAGGCUCCCGAGAGAUCAAAGAUUUUAAAGACUUCUAUCUCUCCAUUGCAGAUCAUUAUAUUGAAGUCCUUGCAUGCAAAGUGCAGUGCGAGAGUAAUCUGACACCCAUUAUAGGAGGCUUUGUUGUUGAGAAAUUUGUGGCCACCAUGUACCAUUACUUGCAGUUUGCUUAUUAUAAAUUGAAUGACAUGAAGAAUGCAGCUUCUUGUGCUGCUAGUUACCUUCUGUUUGACCAGAAAGAUGAAGUAAUGAAACAGAACAUGGUCUAUUAUCAGUACCACAAAGACAAAUGGGGACUUAAAGAAGAGGAUUUUCAGCCCAGAUCGGAGGCAGUUCGAUACCACAACAUAACCACACUCCAGUUGGAAAUGUAUGAAUUCGCAAAGGAACAUCUGAUGGAUGAUGAUGAGGGAGAGUUAAUAUUUUAUGUUGGAGAAGUAAUAACAUACCUGUGCUGCCUUCAGUAG